AUGGCUGAUUACACAUUAAAUACAAACCAAACAAGUUGUUUAGAUAUUUUAGGUACAUAGGUGGGAAUCUUCAUUUAGCAGAAAUUCGAGUUUUUCUAAGUGAUGAUAGGAUUUUAGACUCCAAAUGUUUUUAAAGUGUAUGCUGCAAACGAUUAAGGUGAAUAGAUCGAACAAAAAGAAUUAUUCAAGUGUAAAGAAAAAUCUUCAUCUUGCGCUAGACUAACAUUAAGGUAACCUUUGUUUUAACAUUAAGUCCAUCCUUUCGACCAUUUGAGAUGUUUGUCAGCAAUUAUGGGUGCAAAGACUUCCAACCUAAUAUGGAUCAAAUGUUCUAGGAAAACUCUGAUCGCAUUAUUUUCAAAUUUGAUAGAAAGUAUGUAUGUUUUUAUGAAUGUAUAAUAUGUUGAAAAUGGUUAAAACAGGAAUUUAGGUUAUAUUGUCAAUCCAUUUUAUUGUUGUACACUUGGUUGUCAUAUUUUUGAUUCAGAAAAUAAGUUGAAAUACAUUAUAGAGGGUAGUUGUUGCUAAUGCUAUUUUUGGUGCAGAUUUCCUUGCAGUGAAUAAUGCAAUCAUGUGGAAUUUCAUAUCAAAACUCCAAAUGGAGAAGUUGUAGCUCCAAUGAAUAAGUAAGUGAAAGGUUGCUGUCAAAAUUGGGCUGACUUCACUGGUAAUAAUAGUGUUGUAUUUCCUUAAAAUGCAUCGAAAGAAGAUAAAGCUUUAAUUUUAGCAGCCACAAUUUUGUUUGAGUAUAUGUACUUUGAAAACAAGGAUGGUCCACAACCAGUAAAUUGAAAAUAUUGAUAUUAUUCAAUUGAAUCAAUUCUAUAUCAUAACAAA